UGAAAAUUGAAUUUUACUAAUGACAUUUGUUAUUUUGUAUUUUUAAAGGUUCCGAAUUGGAUUUGUAAGUUGCAUAACUAAGAAAACUUCAUUUUCGGUGUUUAAUUGAAAAAAUAAAAUCAAGAUGCCCACUGUUGCCGAUGUCAAGACCGUACCAUUUGAUCCAAGAUUCCCAAAUCAAAAUCAAACAAGACAUUGCUACCAAAGUUAUGUAGAUUUUCACAGAUGCCAAAAAAUUCGUGGUGAGAAAUAUGAACCAUGCCAAUAUUUCAAAAAAGCAUUUCAAGCUUUGUGUCCAAAUGCUUGGGUUGAAAGAUGGGAUGGUCAAAUUUCAGAAGGAACUUUCGCUGGAAGAAUCUAAGUAAAUCUUUAUUAAUAUUAUUACUGUUAUUAGUAAUUUGAUGCAGAGGCGAAAUGUAGUUAUACAAUUAAAUGUAAUUCAAAACCAAAAAUAAA